CUGUCUGUAUAAUUCCCUGUUUCUUAAAGACAAUUUUUUCCUCUUUUAUUUUAGUCGUCUGUAUACAUUUUCCUUUCCCUCCACAUAUUCCCAAUUUUCCCUCCCCAAAUUCUGAGUUUCCCUCCCCGGUAAGCCUAAGUAUUUCUGUCCCUCUCCCAAAUCUCCAAAAUUUGGAAUUUAUUUUGCUAAAACUCAAAAACCCAUUCAAACCUAACUACAAAAUUCAAAAGCCCGACUCUAAUCCUCCCCAAAUUCUGAGUUUCCCUCCUCGAUAGGCUUAAGUAUUUCCAUCCCUCUCCCAAAUCUCCAAAAUUUGGAAUCGAUUUUGCUAAAACUCAAAAACCCAUUCGAACCUAAUGCAAAAUUCAGAAGCUCGACUCUAAUCCAUGAACGACAAGAGGUCAGUAGAAUUGAGUACAACUUUAGGGUUUUUGAGAUUUGUAAAUGUAUCUUUGAUUUUAUGCGAAGCUCUGGGUUCACCUAUAAUUUUGAUUUGAUUUGAUGUAUUGGAGGUUACCGGCGAAGGAUAGGCGGUGGCAUGCUGCUUGGCUGAGUGAAAAGGAGGCUUCUGUUGAGGAUCCGGUGGCAGAGAGGCAGUGGCACUACUGAGGGAAGAAGAAGGUUAGUCAAUACCUAAUACUCCUUUGAUUCUUCUUUUUCUUUCUUUCUUUCCGAUUACAAUUUCUUUCUUUCAUGCUAUUGAUUACAGUUUGGGUUAGAUCUGAUUUGUAUCUGUAAUAUUUGUUACUUUAAUUCUGAUUGCAAUGGGUUUUAGAUUUCAUUUUUAAUUUUGUUAUCUAUAAGUUUUUGUGUUUGAUCUUUGAUUAUUCAUUUGGUUGUUACCUGUUUACCUUUAUUGUUUGUUGCUGGUGUUUUUCUGGUAUAUUCUAAAUUAGUGAUAAUGAAUAAGAUAUUAAGAU